AUGCCACCACCGCUCUCAGGCCUGAGCCUCGCAAAGAAGAACCCGCUCGGAGGCGCGAACCAAAAGCGCAAAAAGGCCGUCUUCGAUUCGGACUCGGAGGACGAGUCGCGCGCUACGAAUGAGACGGAGAUUACCACGAUAGGUGGUCUGGGCGAUGAGCCAGCUGCUGAAAAGUCUACGAAAAAGAAGCCUUCACUCAACGAUGAUUCCCAUGGACCACCGCAGAAGCGUAAAAUCGUUCCGCUGGGACAGGGCGCGAAACCGAAGAUUAAGCCGUUGAGCAAGACGUCGAUAUUUGCGGAUGAGGAUGAGGAGGGUGAGAAUGGAGGCGAUAAUGGGGACAAUAAGGAUGGGAACAAGGAGAAAAAGUAUGGAUUGAAUGCACCUGCGAAUCGAGAAUUCACGAACCUGUCUGCUCUGCACAGUAGUAAAAAGCAUGUUUCGGAGGCGCAGGAUCUAGAUCCCUCGAUUUACUCUUAUGAUGCUGUGUAUGAGAGUCUACAUGCGAAGCCAGAAAAGAAAAACAAGGACAAUGCUGAUGGAGGGGAGGGUGUACCGAAGUAUAUGACAUCCCUGCUACGGAGUGCGGAGAUUCGAAAGCGGGAUCAGCUACGUGCGCGGGAUAGGAUGUUAGCGAAGGAGAGGGAAGCCGAGGGCGACGAAUUUGAUGAUAAGGAGAAGUUCGUGACGAGUGCGUAUAAGGCGCAGCAGGAGGAACUGCGGCGGGUAGAGGAGGAGGAGAAGGCGAGGGAGCAGGAAGAGGAAGAGCGGAGGAAAACGAAUGGUGGCUCAGGGAUGGUUGGGUUCUACCGGGACUUGCUGGCACGUGGAGAGGAGCAGCAUGACGCUGUCAUGAAGGCAGCCGAUGAAGCGGCAAAGAAGAUCCACGAGACUGGCGGCGAAGUGCCGACGGAUACCACAGAGAAGGAGAAGACGGAGGCACAGAAGGCGGCGGAUUUGAAUGCCGAGGGCGCUCACAUUGCUGUCAACGAUGACGGGCAGAUUGUCGAUAAGAGACAACUGCUUUCGGCGGGCCUGAAUGUUGCGCCUAAACCCAAGACCGCUGCUCCUCCUCCGUCACGAACGGCACCUGGUACUGGCGCUGGCGCCAAAUCGCGGUUCGAUUCUCGACAGGCUGGAGGACGUGGAGGACAGCGCGCCCGCCAAACCGAGAUGAUCGCGCAGCAGCUGGAGGAACAAGAGCGACAACGCCAGGAGGCCGAAGCAGCGCAACAGAAGGAGAUUGCAGAACGCAGUCGCAGCCAGAAAUCGACUACAGAUGUAUCCAGUGCCCGUGAGCGCUAUCUGGCACGUAAGAAGGAGCGAGAAGCAGCUGCCAAAGGGUCGUAG